AUGGCUGCGGCGUCCCUACGAUUCGAUGGUCCUGUGACUAUGCCAGCUCGGCCGGCUGGCCGCUUUCAGCAAUUGCCCGAAAUCGUUAUCACAGAGGAGCACACGCAGACACAACCAUCACAGCACCUGCAGAUAGACGAUCGGGAGCACCCCGGCGGCAUCGCAGACAUGCGGCCCAAGCACAAGGGCCGCGAACGGUUUCUCCGGGGACUCUCUCGCAUGGCAUCCUCGCCCAGUCUCGCCCAAUCAGGCCGGGCUCGUUCUGCCAGCACCCCUUACACCCGUUCUGGUGUCAGCCUCUCUUGUGUCAGCCUGGCACCGACUCAGUCGCCCUUUGGCCCGUCUUCUUCCAGUGCGAACGGCUCUGCCUUUGCUUUUUCUCUGCUCGGGUCGCCUGAAAACUCGCCGCUAGCAUCAUCACCAGCGCUUGGUGCCAUCCGGAGGGUCGACCUGAGUGCGGAUGGGGUUGGCACAAGCGGCGUGAACACGGUGUCGCUGCCGGCCGAUCUGGCCCGGUUGGCGUUGCGCCCCAAGAAGAACUUCUUGGAGCUCUGGAAAGGCGUGCCGCACGAGAUCCAGGUGUAUAUAUUCAGCUUCCUGAAGCCCAAGGAGCUUGUGCGGCUGUCGGGCGUCAACCGUGAGUUUCGGCGGAUCUGCUUCGACGGGCAGCUUUGGACCCGGUUCGACGCGUCGGAGUUCUACCAGGAAAUCCCCAUGCAGUCGCUCUGCAACAUCAUUGCCAAGGCCGGGCCGUUUGUCAAGGAUCUCAAUCUGCGCGGCUGCAUCCAGGUUAAGGGCUAUGACGAGGGCAAGGCGAUGUCGCAGGCCUGUACAAACCUGGUGCAGGCCACGCUGGAGGGUUCAAACAUCAACUGCGACAACCUGGAGACGCUGCUGCGCCAGAACAAGAAGCUCGCCCACGUCAACCUGAUGGGCCUCUGCUGCGUGCACCUGCCAACGUGCAUGACGAUCGCGCAGAACUGCACGCAGCUGGAGGUGCUCAACCUGUCGUGGUGCAAGAAUGUGGCGGCUGAGAUGAUCGUGCCGAUUAUCAACAGCUGUCCUGGGCUUCGCGAUCUGCGCAUCGGCGAAGUCCGCGGGCUCGACAACCUGCUGCUGGCCAAGGCGCUGUUCCGGACCAAUCGGCUGGAGCGUCUCGUGUUGAGCGGCUGCCAGGACCUCACGGACGUGGCCCUGUGCACCAUGCUGCACGGCACCGAUCCGGAGAUAGACCUGCUGACAGACCGACCCAAUGUACCACCACGGCGGCUGCGCCAUCUCGACCUGAGUCGCUGUCGGCGGUUGACAAACCGCGGUGUUGCCGCUCUGGGCUACAGCGUGCCCGAUCUCGAGGGUCUUGUACUGGCUGGCUGCACGGCCCUGACCGACGGGGCGCUUGAGCCGAUAUUUGCUUCGACGCCACGGCUGGCGUACCUGGACCUGGAGGACCUGAGUGGACUGACAAACGGGCUGCUGUCGGGUCAUCUGGCUCGUGCGGCCUGUGCCCGCAGCCUGACCCAUCUGUCGAUCGGCUACUGUGAGAACCUGGGCGACGCCGGCGUGCUGCCUAUGAUCCGGGCGUGUACGGGACUGCGCAGUGUCGACAUGGACAACACGCGCAUCUCGGAUUUGGUGUUGACUGAGGCGGUCGCCCUGGUACGCACACGCAGCAGCAGCAACAGCAGUAACAGCAGUAACAGCAGAGUCUUUAGACCCCGGCCGGGCCUCAGCCUGACCGUCUACGACUGUCCCAGCAUUACAUGGACUGGGGUGCGGGAGGUGCUGUCCCGCAAUGCUGAGAUGCUAGUGCCACGACAGCAACAACAACAGCAGCAGCAGCAGAAGGUGCCUAGCUUUCCGUCCGAGAUCAUCAUGCUCAAGUGCUUCUACGGCUGGCAGAUGACGGUCGACGAACACACGAAGCGUGUUCUGCGUGGAAACUAUGUGGCGGCAGCACGACUGGAACGCAAAUGGGGCGACUACAUGCAGGCCAACGAGGAAGCUGGGGCUGGCGGUGCCGGAGUGCGACGGCGACGGCGACGCGCACGUGAGGCGCAGCAGGUGCACGCGGACGAAGCAGAGGUUGGAGCUGGUGUGGCCGGUAUUGGUGACGGCGCGGGUGCUCAAGUGGCGGCGGGUGUCGGCGGCACAGGCAUCGGUGUCGGGCGACGACGGGCACGAACGACGGCCUGUGCCAUCAUGUGA